AAGAGAGAGAGAGAAAGAAAGAAAUAUAGAUAAAGAAAAAAAAAUUGAGCACGAAAAUAACACGGCAGCAUAAGGCCACAAUCUUUGAAAGUUUAGAGUAUCAAAAGUGCACUUUCAAAAGGAUCAUAUGAAUCUACUGUUAUUUUACCAAGAAAAAUAAAAUAUAAAAUCUAAAAAAUGAUUUGUUUAAUUAAAAAAAAAAAUUAAUUAGUUUCAAAAAUUGCGUUAUUGACCAUACCAAACUGAAUCAUCAUCAUAAAUAAAAAAAAACCUUUCAUUUUCAAAAAAAAAAAAAAAAAAUCCAGACGCCAUGGUUUCAUCUCAAGCAGUAGAGCUUCUGAGGAAUGAGCUCCCUCUGGAGCAGGAAACUCUUCUUCUCUCCGGUUCGAUCACCACCGGUUUGGUACUUGUCGACAUCGUCAACGGCUUCUGCACCGUCGGUUCCGGAAAUCUGGCCCCACAAGCACCCGAUAGACAAAUUUCCGAAAUGGUCGAUGAAUCAGCAAAACUCGCAAGAGAGUUCUGCGAUAGGAAUUGGCCUAUUUACGCGUUGCUCGAUUCUCAUCAUCCCGACAUUCCGGAGCCGCCUUAUCCACCUCACUGUAUAGCUGGAACCGAUGAGUCGGAAUUGGUUCCUUCUUUGCAGUGGCUCGAAAACGAACCGAAUGUCACGCUUAGACGUAAAGAUUGUAUCGAUGGGUUUCUUGGUUCUUUGGAGAAAGAUGGAUCCAAUGUCUUUGUUGAUUGGGUGAAAACCAACGAGAUCAAAGUCAUAUUGGUUGUAGGGAUUUGCACAGACAUAUGCGUAUUGGACUUUGUUUGCUCGACGUUGUCCGCUAGAAACCGUGGAUUGAUUUCUCCAUUGGAGGAAGUAAUCGUGUAUUCUCGUGGUUGUGCAACUUUCGAUCUUCCUAUAAAUAUUGCUCGAGAUAUCAAAGGCUCUUUAGCUCAUCCUCAGGACGUGAUGCAUCAUGUGGGACUUUACAUGGCUAAAGGCAGAGGAGCAAAGGUGGUUUCGGAAGUUUCGUUCAGGAAUUAGCAUUAUUGUCCGCUCGGUAAAAGCCGCUCUACGUAUAGAAUAGAACCCUUUUCGUCUUUUAUCGGUAUUAUUCGUUUUCCACUUCAGAGAUAAGUUUUCGACACCUUCUCUUUGUUGGUUCUGAACUGCGAUUUGCAGCAUGUUAAGUGAAAUGUUUUCGCAUAAAUAUCGAAAUUGAGCUUGUUCUU